AUGAUCCGCGCAUUUAACCUGUUCCGUUCGCGUGCCACGAUGGCGCAGAGCAUGCUGCGUGCCGGCCCCGCGGCUGCAACGCAGAAGCGCUUCCUGUCGAUCCACGAGCACCUCUCGAUGGGUCUGCUGAACAAGUAUGGCAUCAACACCCCCAAGUCGAUUGCGGCCAAGUCGCCCGAGGAGGCUUUCGAAGUCGCGAAGAGCUUCGGUGGCAAGCCCAUCGUGAUCAAGGCCCAGGUUCUGGCUGGUGGCCGUGGUAAGGGCCACUUUGACACGGGCCUGCAGGGCGGUGUGCACCUGAUCAAGACUCCCGAAGAGGCGCGCGACCUUGCCAAGCAGAUGAUCGGCUCGAAGCUGAUCACCAAGCAGACUGGUGCUGCUGGCCGCAUCUGUAACGAAGUGAUGAUCGCCGAGGCACGUACCCCCAAGCACGAGUACUACGUGGCGCUGCUCAACGACCGUGUGUCGCAGUUGCCCGUGCUCAUCGCCUCGAACCAGGGUGGUAUGUCGAUUGAGGAGGUCGCCAAGGAGAACCCCGACGCGAUCGUCAACACCCCCAUCGACUUCACCAAGGGUCUUGACCUGAAGACCGCCCAGGAGGUCGCGCACAAGCUCGGCUUCUCGGGUGCUAAGCAGGAGAAGGAGGCUGCUGAGACCUUUGUCAAGCUCUACAAGCUCUUUGAGGACAAGGACGCGACCCAGGUCGAGAUCAACCCCCUGGCCGAGUCCAAGGACGGCGAGGUGCUCUGCAUGGACGCCAAGCUCGGCUUUGACGACAACGCCGACUUCCGUCAGGAGGACGUGUUUAAGCUCCGCGACAUCUCGCAGGAGGACCCCGCCGAGGUCGACGCUGGCAAGUACGGCCUGAACUUUAUCAAGCUCGACGGUAACAUUGGCUGCCUCGUCAACGGUGCCGGUCUCGCCAUGGCCACGCUCGACGUCCUGUCGCUCAACGGCGGUAAGCCCGCCAACUUCCUUGACGUCGGUGGUGGUGCCAACGCCGCUGCGGUCAAGAAGGCCUUUGAGCUGCUCCUCGAGAGCAAGGACGUGCGCGCCAUCUUUGUCAACAUCUUUGGUGGUAUCAUGCGCUGCGACGUGAUUGCCGAGGGUAUCAUCCAGGCCACCAAGGAGCUCCAGCUGAGCAUUCCCCUCGUCGUCCGUCUCCAGGGCACGAAGGAGGCCGAGGCCAAGAAGCUCAUCAAGGAGUCGGGUCUCAAGAUCUUUGCCUUUGACGACUUGGACAAGGCUGCCCAGGCGGCCGUCGACGCUGCCAACUAA